AGCCUCUUGGGCACGGCUUUGUUUUUCAGUACCUGAGGCUGCCAGACCCGUCCAGCUACUAAGUGGGAGGCGGCUUUGCAGAGUCUAAUAGAGGCACGUGGUCCCUGCUUGACCUCUCUAGAGCUGAAAAAGGGGCGGCGCCGGCAGGGUGGCAGGUGCACAGGCGACUAGCGGUACCCAGUGGUCCUGACCUGCUGCUGGAUGUCUGUCCCCGAGGAGGAGGAGACGCUGCUGCCGCUCACGCAGAGAUGGCCCCGGACGAGCAAGUUCCUACUGUCCGGCUGCGCCGCAACCGUGGCCGAGCUAGCAACCUUUCCCCUCGAUCUCACAAAAACCCGACUCCAGAUGCAAGGAGAAGCUGCCCUUGCUAGGUUGGGAGAUGGUGCAACGGAGUCUGCCCCUUAUAGGGGCAUGGUGCGCACGGCCCUGGGGAUUGUCCAGGAGGAAGGCUUUCUAAAGUUGUGGCAAGGAGUGACGCCAGCCAUUUACAGACACGUAGUGUAUUCUGGAGGUCGGAUGGUCACCUACGAACAUCUCCGGGAAGUCGUGUUUGGCAAAAGUGAAGAUAAGCAUUAUCCUCUUUGGAAGUCUGUCAUUGGAGGGAUGAUGGCUGGUGUCUUCGGACAGUUUCUAGCCAACCCCACCGACCUUGUGAAGGUUCAGAUGCAAAUGGAGGGAAAGCGGAAACUGGAAGGGAAGCCCCUGAGAUUUCGUGGAGUGCAUCAUGCGUUUGCGAAAAUCUUAGCUGAAGGAGGAAUACGCGGGCUGUGGGCAGGCUGGGUACCCAAUAUUCAAAGAGCAGCCCUUGUGAACAUGGGAGAUUUAACCACUUAUGAUACAGUAAAGCACUACCUGGUAUUGAACACGCCACUUGAGGAGAACAUCUCCACCCAUGGCUUAUCCAGUUUGUGUUCUGGGCUCGUAGCUUCUAUUCUGGGAACGCCAGCUGAUGUCAUCAAAAGCCGAAUAAUGAACCAACCUCGAGACAAACAAGGAAGAGGACUUUUGUAUAAGUCAUCAACUGACUGCUUGAUCCAGGCUGUCCAAGGGGAAGGCUUCCUGAGCCUGUAUAAAGGCUUUUUGCCAUCGUGGCUGAGAAUGACGCCUUGGUCAAUGGUGUUCUGGCUCACUUACGAGAAAAUCAGAGAGAUGAGUGGAGUCAAUCCAUUUUAAGCCCUUAAAGCUAGAGCAUUCACUGUUACUGAGCAAGGGCACCUGCCACACACGCCCCCUAUUAUUUCUACCUCUUUAGGAAGAUACUUUACAGAGACUGUGACUUCCAGGGGCAGCACUUUAUCUUUCUAUGGAAACCCCAGUUCUCUUUGACUCCUCUUUUUAUCAAAGAGUGAUCUGUCUGGUCCAAUCUCUCAAGACCCACCUCUGAGACCCAGACACUUUGAAAAGAAUGGAACCCGGACCACUUUGACCUUGGGCCAGAAGGUUUGGACUUCGAGCAGCUGAGCCGGCGGGAGCCAGCCUCUCAGACCCAGACG